AUGGCUAUCAGAGCAACGUCGCAUUAUACCCACGAUGAGCUCACAGACAAGGAGUUUGAAGAAUUGAAGAAUGGGUGUCUCAAAGCUAGGAAUCUCUCUUAUUCUCCUUACUCGAACUUCCGUGUGGGCUGCGCUUUGUUAACAGACGGCAAUGAACUAUUCUUGGGUGCUAAUCUUGAAAAUGCUUCAUAUCCAGCUGCCAUUUGUGCUGAACGAACUGCCAUCUCCAAUGCCAGAAUGAAUGGCCACAACACCAUUAAAGCCAUGGCUAUAGCCUCAGAUAGUGAUAAACCAAUAAGUCCGUGCGGAGUCUGCAGACAGUUUAUCCGAGAAUUUGGACUCAAGAUUCCUAUUUUUAUGUUUGACAAAUUAGGCAAUACUUUCAUCAAGAUGUACCUUGAAGAUCUUUUACCCUUUAGCUUCGGUCCAGACGACUUGGGAGUGAUUACCACCUCAUCAGCAUCCAAUCAGUGA